AUGUUACCUCGUAGAAAAGCAAAUAUUGCAGCUUCUGCUUGUUUAAUCACUGGAAUACCACCAAAAUAUUUGCCUAAACAAAUUAUUAGUUCUAGCCAUAUAAAUAAAGGAUUGAAUCUUUCUGAUAUUGUCCGUCGUCGUAAUCAACGAAAAACUCUCAGUUACUUCUCCCGUGACUCCCCCAACAAUUCUCUCUCAACUUGUGGUUCCCCUUCAGGCACCCCCUUACUUCGAAGCAGCCACUUUCUUUCUCUUCGGAACGGCUCUGCUGUAGUCCACACCCACCCUUUAAUUAAACGGCUAGAAUCUCCUCUGGCUACAAACAAUUUUAAAAUUAAAAAAGAGGAAGAAGGAAAGGUGUGUGAAAAAUUUAAUGAAUUUGGGAAUAUUGUGGAAACUUGUAAUGAUCCGACAACAACAAAUUGUUUAAUUGAAUUGGUGGGAAAUGGAGAAGGAAAGGAAGGGAAUGUUCCUUGA